AUGAGUGGAUUUGAAUCACUUUCAAAACCGCUAAAACCUCGAUCCGAAGUUGCCGUACAUACACUUCAUCCGACACUUGAACAAAAGCCGCGCGCUAAAUAUAGUGUACCAGAUUGGUUUAAUCAUAAUUAUGCGAUUUCAUAUGAUGCAGAUCGCAGUCGAAAUGUAUCGCAUCAAGUACGACAAGAUGGCCGAAGAUUAGUUAAUGAAACAUAUAAUGAAUCAUGGUGGAAUAAACAUGAUAAUGAUGUACGUAUUUCUGAUCGACUUGAUGAAAUUGAUAAAUGGCGUAAAACUCUCGAAUAUACAAUUCAAGAUGUUGAUCGUGAAAUUCAAGCAAUUCAAUCAACUAAAGAACAAUGUGAACGUUAUUUAGAACAUAUGCGAAGUCCAUUAGGUAUAUAA